AGUCAGAUCAAAAGAGAAUUCAUACUUUACUUCGCGAAUUACAAAGUUUAAUUAAAAAUGCGCAGGAACAAUGGGGCAUUUCAUUAACAGGGCAGGGAACUGUUAACGACAAGCUUAAAGCAUUUGCACCUGUUGCUAAUGCUGUUCAUCCUCUUGGGCCUGUUAAUAUAGUCGGAUUAUCUACAGAAUUCUCACAAAAAAUUGCUUUGAUACGUUCAACAAUAUCUAAUUUUCGAAAUACAACUGUACAUGAUAUAUCACAACUCAAUUUGAGUAUCGGAACUGAUCCGUUAUUAAAAAAAUAUCAAUUAGCUUUACAGGAAGAAUCCCUUCGUCUCAAUACGGUUUCUGAAGUUCGGGAAAAUAUCAGGAUCUGUAAAGAAUUAGCUUUAGAUACAUGCCAAAAUAAAAAAGGUCAUGGUUCCACUCUUAGAUUAGCGAUAAGUGGAUCUAUUUGCGUAAUGGACUUCUUACAGCAACCAAAAGAUGGUUCACAUACGUCGGCAAACAUACAAUUUGUUUUAUGGCUUUGUCCACCAGUAUACGUUGCUGACACUGUGGCCAAAGAAAUUGAAGAUUUAAUUUGUAUUGUUAUGCCAGGAUUUUUUGGGAGCAGAAUUAUGACAGAUGAUCCUAAAAGUUUGUCGUUGGAAGAACUUUUG